AGGAGGCUCAGGCGGCAGCAGGCUCAGCCCCUGUGAGACGCCUCCUCCCAAUCACAGACCACCCUUGCCUGGGCCCAGAGGUUCAAAGAAUUGCUGCAGGUAGAAAAGCACCGUGGGCUGGUGUGGACUGCAGAGGGGGCCUGCACAGCUCCAGGAGGAGGAGGCCAGGGCUGGCUUGUGGAAAAUCCUGAAGAUGGCCAAAGAUGACUCCACUGUUCGUUGCUUCCAGGGCCUGCUGAUUUUUGGAAAUGUGAUUAUUGGUAUGUGCGGCAUCGCCCUGACGGCAGAGUGCAUCUUCUUUGUAUCCGACCAAAGCAGCCUCUACCCACUGCUAGAAGCCACCGACAACGAUGACAUCUAUGGGGCAGCCUGGAUUGGCAUGUUUGUUGGCAUCUGCCUCUUCUGUCUGUCCGUUCUGGGCAUUGUAGGCAUCAUGAAGUCCAGCAGGAAAAUCCUUCUGGCGUAUUUCAUUCUGAUGUUUAUAGUAUAUGGCUUUGAAGUGGCGUCUUGCAUCACAGCAGCAACACAAAGAGACUUUUUCACACCCAACCUCUUCCUGAAGCAGAUGCUAGAGAGGUACCAAAACAACAGCCCUCCAAACAAUGACGAUAAAUGGAAAAACAAUGGAGUCACCAAAACUUGGGACAGGCUCAUGCUCCAGGACAAUUGCUGUGGUGUAAAUGGUCCAUCAGAUUGGCAGAAAUAUACGUCUGCCUUCCGGACUGAGAAUAACGAUGCUGACUACCCCUGGCCCCGUCAGUGCUGUGUUAUGAACAAUCUUAAAGAACCUCUCAACCUAGAGGCUUGCAAACUGGGAGUGCCUGGCUAUUACCACAGUCAGGGCUGCUAUGAACUGAUCUCUGGACCGAUGAACCGACAUGCCUGGGGGGUUGCCUGGUUUGGGUUUGCCAUUCUCUGCUGGACUUUUUGGGUUCUCCUGGGUACCAUGUUCUUCUGGAGCAGAAUUGAGUAUUAAGUGUCAUCACCAUACCUCCUUCCUCUAGUGAUUCUGGAUUUGGUGCUGGAACCGGCUGUCUCCUAAUAUCCCACAUCUGUGCUCCACAGUCACACGUGCAUGUCUCACUCAAAUUGCCAAGUCAGGUGAUGUGGAGUUUCUUUAGCCUUCCAGGCUCCCAAAAUUCUCACGACUGUACUUUUCAUACUGAUCUAGCGUUCUGCAAUAUUUUUAUAGACUAUAGGAAAGAAUUUGGAAAAUAUAUAAUAACUUCUAUCUCUGUUUAUUUUGAAUUUGGGAGUAUAAAGACGUCAAAGAAACCUGUGUUAUCACA